AUGAAGAAUGUGCUGGUAGCCCUGGAAAAACUCAGAGAGCAGCACUCUGAGUAUUCUGAUGUGACCAUUGAUGAACAGGCCACGUUCCAAAAUCUCCUCCACGACUCAGACAACGAGUGCACGGAUGAUGCGCAGUGGGGAGAAGACGGCAUGCUCGACGAGGAGCUGCUGGAGGCGGCUGAUAGCUACACUGAGCCAGUCUUGGCCGAUUUUGUGUCAGCCGCAGGAACGAGUCGGCCAGAAGACGACCAAACACGCAAUACUGACAUGCCAUCACCAAGCACUGAGCUGGAAAACCGGUCCAAUGAUGUCACGACAGAAACCCUCUUGGAGGAGUCUGCUGAUGACAUAGACUCUCAGCACGACAGCAUGGAUGCUGCCCAGUGGGGAGAAGACAUCUUGGACCAAGAGCUGCUACAAGUGUCUGACAGCUACCAGACCAAUUUAGCUGCAGACAUACCCACCGAACAGCAGGAGGAGCUAAGACCUGGACUUGCUCUGGACACCUGCAUGCAGCCACCAGACAUUGCGCAGGAAAUACUUUCCUAUGGAGAUGGCAUUUUCAGCGUUGCCCCCGCCCAAGGCAACAAACCUGUGGGAUUUUUUGCAAUCCCCAAACUGGAAGCCAUGGCGUUCCCUGUGCAGUUUCCCACGGGAGAGAACACGCUGGAUGAAGACCGUCCCAUCAAACUUUCACCCAGCAGAUACUUUAACGCCAGGCUUUUCGGGGCAGACACGCGGUUUGCCGAGGACCAGACUUACCUUUUCUUUGCGCAGUUUGUAACGGAGACGAACCUCGCGAGAGGAAGUAUGUCGAUACAAAUGCGCAAAGGAAAGAUGCGCACAAAAGACGGGCGUGCCAUCAAAAACUCCAUGCUCCAGGACAAAGAGGAGGUGGAGAGAUUAAUUCAGGCCAAAGAGGCCAUGCGAUUUAUGCAGCCUCUGAGAGGCACACCCGCAUAUUGGAAUAAAAGCCUGAGAGAUUUGCAUGCUAUGCUCAGGCAACUCGGCAAACCGACGUUCUUUUUGACUUUUUCGGCAGCUGAGAUGAGAUGGCCUGAAAUAAUUGGGGUCAUCAAAUCUCAGCAAGGACAAACACUUGGUGACUUUUCCGAACUGGACUGGAAAGCCAAGUGUGACAUUUUGCGCAGUAACCCUGUCACCGUUAUGCGCAUGUUUGAAAAACGUGUGGAUGCCCUUAUGGCAAAGUUGAUCCUCUCACCAGCGCGGCCCAUCGGCGAGGUGGAGGAUUAUUUUUACCGCGUGGAAUUUCAGGCCCGCGGAAGCCCACACAUUCACAUGCUAGUGUGGGUCAAAGACGCCCCUGUGUACGGCGAGGACUUGGACCACACCGUAUGCAGGUUCAUUGACCGCCACAUUUCCUGCCAGAUGCCUGACCCCGAGAAGGACCCGGAGCUCCACAAAAUCGUCUCGGAGGUUCAGGUACACAGCAGGAGCCACACCGGCUCUUGCCGAAAGGGAAACGUGGUGUGUCGUUAUGGCUUCCCCAAGCUGCCGUUUGAUAUCACCUGGAUCACGGAGCCCUUUGCUGCCGAUGUGGAAAUGGAAGAUGGUCAAGACCAGGAAGAGGUGAUGAAGGAACGGAGGGAGCAGAUCCGUCGGCAGCAAAGGGACGCAAAGGAAAAGCUUCGGCACCUGAGAGAGCUCCUCAUGGAUCCGAAGGCCUCCUUUGAGAGCUUGUCAGAUCUCCUCCGUCGAUGCGACUUGGAACACGACGCCUAUCUGAAGUGCGCCGAAAAUCUGACAAGCGGGAGCGUGGUCAUGCUGAAGCGGCAGCCGAAGGAGUGUUGGGUUAACGCGUAUAACCCAGACCUUCUCCGCGCUUGGAACGCAAACAUGGACAUCCAGUACGUCCUGGACGAGUACUGCUGUGCCAUGUACAUGAUGUCGUACAUCACCAAGCCGGAGCACGAGAUGACCGAGUUCCUGAACUCGGUCGUGAAGACCAGCAGAGAGUCUGCCUUCAACCAAUGUGAGGAAAUGAGAAAGAUCAUGCAGGCCUAUGCGAAGCACCGAGAGGUCAGCGCCCAGGAGGCAGUGGCUCGCACAUGCAGCUUGCCCCUGAAAAAGUGCUCGCGGUCUGUGAUUUUCCUCUCGACGGACGAGGAAGCCAUGAAGAUGAGUCUUCCUAUGAGUCGCCUGAAGGACAUGGCACCUGAGUCUGAAGAGGUCUGGAUGUUGGGGGUACCUGAGAAGUACCUGUUCAGACCAAAGACUCCUGAGUUUCAGGGCAUGUGCCUGGCCGAAUUUGCAUCAGACUAUCGGGUAGUCUACGGCGAACAAGCACAGGGCCCCAGUGCCAUUGCCCUUUUGUGUGACAAAGGACAUAUUGCCAAGAGGACAGCCGGAAAACCAGCAGUCAUUCGAUAUGCGCGCUUCUCUGAGACCAAGGCGCCAGAAAAACAUUUCAGACGACUGCUAAAGCUGUACCUCCCCCACCGAUCUGACGACGAACUCAACGACGGGGGUCGCACCUCGUACGAAGAGUUCUACAAAUCCCGACACGACGUCAAGGACAUCGUGGAGCACAACAGGAAGCGAUUCGAGGGACGAGGCGCAGGCAUGGAUAAGGCACUCCAGAACGUCCAGUUCGGUCCGGUCCUCAACGCUUGGAACACGUUCGCACCCGAGGUUGAGGCGGAACGGCAGGAGUGUCUUGAGCUCCGUGAAAAGAUCCCAGAGGAGCAGGACGAAGACGCCGUGCCCGACUUUGAAGACCUGAAUGUCGGUGAACCCGUUCCCCGAAUCGAGGCGCCUCGGUUAAGUCCAGACUUUGUCCGCAAGAUGUUUCAGAGUCUGAACGAGACCCAGGCGUGCGUCUUCUACGCUGUGCGCCAGUGGUGCCUUCGGCGUGUGUGGGGCCAAGAUCCAGAACCGUUCCACUACUUUGUCUCUGGUGGAGCUGGUUGCGGUAAGUCCCACGUCAUCAAGUGCAUUCAUGAGGAAGCAACGAGGAUUCUGCGGCAGCUCCCGAGAUUCCGGGACGCAGCUGACAUGUCCCAGCCCACUGUCCUUCUGACUGCCUUCACGGGCACGGCAGCCUUUAACAUCGCGGGCAAAACGUUGCACUCUGUCCUUAAGCUUCCCAGGUCCCUGGAACCGCCGUACCAGGGCCUGGGCAAUGCACUUGAUGAACUUCGAGCAACUUUGUCUUCGGUGGAAAUUCUCAUCAUCGAUGAGAUUUCCAUGGUUUCCAAGAAGCUGUUUGCCUACGUCAACUGGCGAUUCCAGCAGCUCAAAGGAAACCGAAGACCUUUUGGCGGCAUUUCCGUUCUUGCAGUCGGCGACUUUUACCAGCUGCCGCCGCUGGGCAGGGCCAAGCCGCUCUGUGUCUACGAGGAGACAGAGUUCGAUCUCUGGAGAGAGCGCUUCACCAUGGUCAACCUCACUGAGAUCAUGCGCCAGAAGGAUGACCGAGCGUUCGCCGAACUCCUCAAUCGACUGCGUGUCAAGCGCAAGCAAGAUCCUCUGUGCGCUGCGGACAGAGGCUUGCUCAUGAGAGCCGUCUCUGACGGCAAAGAUUGCCCGCCAGGAACGCUGCACGUCUUUGCCACCAACAAGCAGGUAGAUGGUCACAACGCAGCCACCGUGGCCUCCCUGCUUAAAGGGGACGUCAAAAUAGCGGCCGAGGACUACAGGAAGGAUGUCGCUACCGGCAGGAAGGUGCCUGUGCCCAACAUCAAAGGCACCAAGAGAGAUUUGCCUGACAGCAUAAUGGCAGCUGAAGGAGCAAGAGUUAUGCUGAUCAGGAAUCUCAACGUGGAGGAUGGCCUUGUCAAUGGAACCUUUGGGACCAUCUCCACCAUUCUGCCUGACAGACGUGACCCUAAAGUCGUGAGCUUUCUUGGACUUAAACUGGAUAAUACCACAGCAGGACAGACUCUCCGCAAAAAGCUUCUGGGCCCCUCGGACGACUUGGUGUACGUCGAGAGAUCCGAGGAGAGCAUCGGUCGCAAGGGCGGAGUCGUGAGACGUCAGUUCCCCGUCAAGCUGGCCUUUGCGUGUACAGCCCACAAAGUUCAGGGAAUGACGGUGACGUCGGCUGUCGUGAGCCUGAAACGCAUGUUUCAGCCAGGCAUGGCGUAUGUGGCGCUUAGUCGCACCACUUCGCUUCAGGGUCUCACCAUCACCGAUUUUGAUGAGACAAAAAUCUAUGCUGACCCUGCCAUUACGACAGCUUUGGAAGACAUGCGCAGCGCGAGUUUCCAGAGUGUUACUCCGCUGUUGCACCGCUUCAACCGGACGGAGCGACCAGACGCAGAGGUGACAAUCGUCCAUCAUAACACCCAAGGGCUUCCAUCUCACAUGGUGGACCUGAAGUUGCAUCACGAACUCAGGUUGGCAGAUGUGCUUUGUCUCACCGAGACACAUCUGUCAGGGUCCUCUGUAUCCUCGUCCUUUGAUCUGGAGGGAUACACUGUGUUUCACCGCAGCAGACAGGCGUGUUACACCACGUGCAGGGACAUGGCGUCAAAGGCCGGGGGUGGAGUUGCCGUGUACUGCAGGAGCGCUCUGAUGGCGGAGGCGCCGAGCUGCAUGGGACGUGUCACAGAUCUCGAAUGUCUGGUCGUGAAGGUUGAGGUCCCAGUCAAAGUGCUAAUAGCAACUGUGUAUAGACCUCCAGAUUUUGGUUUGCAAAAGUUUCUGCCAAACCUCAACGCUCUCUUGGACACAUUGGAACUGUUGGAUCACCACCCUAUUGUUGUUUGUGGUGACUUCAAUGAAGACCUCCUUUCGAGAGGCAAAAAAAGCAUAAGAGAUGCACUUCUGUCCAGAGGCUACAACCAAUUGAUCACAGAGUCUACCACAGACAAGAACACUGUGAUUGAUCACAUUUACAUUUCCCAACCUGAGAAAUGUGUUCAGUCAGGUGUUCUCCAAACGUAUUAUAGCUAUCACAGCCCGGUCUAUUGCAUUUUGACUGGCUAAAGCCUCACCAGCCAACACUGAUUUUGUGUCACACACUCACUUUGUGACACAUCAGCGUGUUGUGCUGUCCGAUUUUACAGUUGUGUCACACGUUUUUCAUGUGGCACAUUGUUCUGCUGUGUUUUGUUCUUGGUCUGAUUUGUUCUUUGAGUUCCAGGCCUGAGGGGGUCCAGGAGGUGCAGUGGUGAGAUCAGACGUCCUCCCACAAGUCCCCUCCUCUCGGACGCCCAGUCCUUUUGGAAGUCUUCUACAGCCUCCCCAUAGGCAUGUCUCAGAAUUUGGACUUGGCUUCCUGUGGUCCAGGGAGCGGGGUGUGUAGUGUGCAGUGUCGGCCGACGGCCUGUAUAGGUCCGGUAACGGCUGUAGCUCCACAUCUGCUUCCACGACCUGCUACGACGGGACAUGCCUCAGACAACACAGAAGACCUCCAGAAGGCUGAAAGAAAAGGCUGAAUGGGACUUCACAUGAAUGUUGUAAAUAAAAAAUGUGUAGUAUAUGAAAA